CAGUAACUUGUGUCUUCUUUUCUUUCAGACGGGUCAGCAGUGCCAAUCAGCCUGCCCCAGGGUAGCAAUGGAAGAGAUGAGGUAGCCACCAACAAGUGUGUUAGAAUCCAGCUUCAAAUGGAUGCAAAAUAUAAAGACGAUGUAUUUAGAAAGUAUGUACAGUCUCAUGAAUCUAAACUGGAUACCUCUGACAAGAAGCAGCGCCCAGUUAGUGAGGAAUAUCUACAAGUGGCAGCUUCAGCCUUACUCUGCUUUCCCAAGAUUGAUCCCUUUUAUAGAUUCCGGCUGAUUAAAUUUUAUGAGAUUGCUGAAAAUUCACUUAGGUCCUCGAAAUCUUCAAGUUUGCGUUCUCUCAAGAAUGCAUUCAGUGUGAUGGAAUCCAUAGGAGUUAAUCUUUUUCUCUACCCAUGGAAGAAGGAAUUUAAAAAUAUCAAGACUUACACUGGACCUUUUGUUUAUUAUGUGAAAUCUACAUUGUCUGAUGAGGAUAUAAGACAUAUACUGAACUCAAUGGGAUAUGUCCAAGAGCUUGGAACUAUGUAUAAGCUCAAAGAGUUGGUGGAUACCCUUCAGGUCAAGAUGGUGUCAUUUGAACUCUACUUGGCCAAAAUUGAGUGUGAACAACUGAUUGAAAUUCAUUUGCAAGUGAAAGAUAAAGGUUAUUCAGAACUUGACAUUGUGAAGGAGAGGAAAAAUAGCAACGAUGAUGUCCGGGGCUGCUCAGACGCCUUGAAACGGCGCGCAGAGUGCAAAGAGAAUCUAAAUACUUCCAUGUCAAGAAUGGUACUUCAAAAAUCUGCCAGUGAAAGAGGCUCUAAAGAUUACUUCAAACCCAAAGUUAGCAAACCUUCUAAAUCAGUGGACACUUAUGAGAGUUAUUUGGAAAGCAAGAAGCCACCUUUAAUGACAUCACUGAGUCUCAGAAAAGAACCCAUCUUAGUUGAUACUGAAGAUGACAUUAAAGAUGAAAUCAUUCGUCCAUCACCAUCUCUCCUUGCCAUGUCAAGCUCUCCACAUGGAUGUCCUGAUGAGUAUUUGCAGGUUCCAUCUCAUGCCAAUGGCAUAUUAAGAACGGGUAUACCAUAUGGUACUUACUAUUCCCCUCAAGAUGAUUUAGAUUUAUAUACUGACCCUGAUUCCAGAAGUAUGUUUAAGAGGCAGGAAUCCACUAAACAUGAUGUAUGGCUGCUAAGAAACGAUGCCAAUCCUACUUACCAUAAACGUACGCAUCUAGCCAAAGAGACGACUCCCCUUAAGUGCCAAAACUGUGGAUUAUCUUGUGGCGCCUCCAUUUGCCAAAAGUGUGACAACUUGUUCAUCUGCAGGCAGGAGUAUCCAGCAAUGAAACAGAGCAGCUACUCAAUGAAAUCUCUUUCAAGUGAAGGCAUGUCUUCUGGACCUGCUGUAAGGGAAAAGCCCCAGUAUAUGUUACAGACUCAGGAGCGGGGCUCUCAGUUCAGUUCAAAAUCCAAGCCUUCGGGUUCUUCACGUUGUGGCUUUUGCAACCGAUCCGGAGCUACAAACACAUGCACUUUUUGUUCAAAAGUUUCCUGUGACACUUGCCUCAGUGCUUACUAUUAUGACCCCUGCUGUCGGAAAAGUGAGCUUCACAGGUUCUUGCCAAACAAUCAGUUAAACUAUAAAUCAAACCAGCUGUCACAUCUAGUGUAUAGGUAGAUUUUUAAUUGGGGGGGGGGGGGAUAGUGUAUUUUGGGACGAAAGGGCUAAAAAUACAAACAUACUAAUGUUGUUGGUAAGAAUUAUCAUCCUACUGACCUCUUAGGAGAAAGAAAAACUCUAGACUCAUGCCCUAGUAUUAGAUAAAUACAUCUUAACAUGUGUCCCCGUCCUUAAUGAUGUGAUUUCACAAAUGUUGUCUAUACAAUCGUUGCUGCUGCUGUUACUCUUUUAGGUGAUUCUUCGCUGCUUUUCUGUUUAGUUGGGGGAAAGAUGCACCUUUUUCCUUUUUUAAAGAAGCAAGCAGAUGUUGCAGUCCCUCUAAAAAAGAACCACCACCACCACCACAUGUCUUGUUUCAUUGCUUUCUCUGCCUCAUUCACAUUCAAAUACCAGAGAAGUAACUUCAAAGACAACCAUAGAACUACGAAUGCUGUUUUCAGUCUAUUUUUAAAUCAGCUGUUUUAUUUGCUUGCACAAAAGAUUAAUGAAGUCAUUUUUUUUGCCAAAAUAUGAUUUUUUUUUGUUUCAAAGGAAGAGAUUAGAUGAGCUCCAAAAGGCAAAUAACACAUUUGUUUUGUCUUUUUUUUUUUCUUCUCUUGCCCUCACCAAUUUCCAGGAUUUCUCUCAGCAUAUAAAAUCAAAUUCUGGAUGGAGUGUUUAUUUUACCAGUGUUGUCAACACACUCGACCUGUUUUGGGUUCUUUAAAAAAAUGUUCUGGUAUAUUUUAAAGAGGUAAAACUGUAUGUGUUACAUUAUGUCCCAUAGGUAAUAUUAAUUUGCCUUCUGUUGCACAUGUAUCAUAUCCAGUUCUUUCUACUGUAAAUAGGUGAUUUGGAAGCAGUUUAUUUUUUAAUAAAUAUAUUCAGUAUGUUGUGUGUUUUUUCAAAAAUAAGAUCCUGCAGUUGAAGUUUCUGGAUUAUUUCUUCAGGUAACAUAUUUUUCCUUGUACUGUAUUUCAUCCACAAUGUAUUACUGUUGUUGUAGACAGGUUUUUGGUCAAAAUCUUUUUGUCUCUUCACUCCUUUCUCCUGGAUCAAAAUUCUGCCUCCUGAAUCAUUGAUGAGUGAGACCUGUAGUUUCAACCUUUUCUUUUCAAACACAAGUGGAGUUUUUCCCCCCAGUGGUAAUGAAUUUGGCUCCUAAAAAUGAUUUGGUCCUGCACAUACACAGUCUCCCUUUCAAUUGUACACAGCCCCUAAAUUGUAGUGUUCAGUGGUGACACUUUAAAAUAGUUUUGCACCAUUCCAGGUCAAGUAACAUUUCUCAUUUGUAAAGGUGACUCUAAAUGCAGAAUUUGAUUUUUGGCCUAAAGGCCAUCACUGUCCAUCCAUUAUCUAUCCUUAAUCUUGAAUUAUUAUGCCAUCGCAUUGGAUUCUGAUCUUUGUGGCAAACCACUAUCACUCCUAAAACUGUACAUUUUGAAAGCAUGGUUGUAGACUCUAGGAUUUGUAAGAGUUGUAGUCCUCUCACCCUUUACAUGUCAAACGUAUAUAAAUGGCUAGUGAUUACAUUUUGAGUGCAAGUGCAGAGCAUGAGCCGAAACAAAGGGAUUUAACAAAUAAUUGUAAAUGUGCUGAAAUUCUAAUGUUAGAAAUGAACAUUCAAUGUACAGUCUCAAAUAAUUUUGUGGAGAGUUGUCAACAGUAAAGCAGUAUCAAGAAAAGGAUACAUGAUCAAGAAAAGUAGGAAGGAGAUGUUGUUGUAAUGGCAUACUGCAUCAGAUUUUAUUUUAUUUUAUUUUUGUGGGCAAGUAUUAACUUGCUAACCAGGAAGGUUAGAGAGAAAUCAUUGCUUAACUGAUUGAUUACAGUUUUUCAAAAUCUUUGAUGGGUUUAAAAAAUAAGUAUAUAUUAAUAUACUUGUAGAUACAAUGUAUAUAUAAUGCCAAAAUUUAAAAUAAUUUUCCUAUUUCCAAGAGUGUCAGCCUGUAGAGUUCUUUUGCUGUGUUCUGUUUCUGUUCGAUCUCUUAAAGCAUCAUGCCUGUCUUUAUUUGGCUGCUAUACUGUAUAGCUUCUAGUUUUUUCCUCCUGUUGGGGUUCCAUAUUGCUACUCACAUGACACUAAAUGAACAAAAACUGUGAUGCCACGUAAUUUAUACGGUGAACCUAGCAGGGACUAAUUAUAUUGCUUAAAAAAAAAAAGAGUCCUGUGUACAUAUUUGUCAUGGAAUACCUGUAGUACAGAACAGUAUUAAAUUGCAAGUGAUACCAUGCUAAAUAUAUUUUUAUGUGUACCUUACUGUAUGAGGUUGCUGUGAUCAAGACAGUAAAAUAUGUUAAUUUAAAA